ACAACCCUUCUUUGUUUCGAAGCUUUUGCGGGAAAAGGCGGCGUGGACCUUCGCGGAGCUCUCCAAUGGCGAUUUUGCGGUGCGUGGCGAGGGGGGCGAUGCAGCGCCUCGAGCUCCAUCGCCCUAUGCCCUUCUCCACCCCCGCCACCUUCGCCGCCUCCUCCUCGUCGGCGGCGGCGGCGGCGGCGGCGGCGGCGCCAGAGUUCGUGCCGUGUGGGCGCGGGGACAAGAGGACGAAGCGGGGGAAGCGGUUCAAGGGAUCGUACGGGAACGCGCGGCCGAAGCGGGAGAAGAAGAUCGAGCGCAUCAAGGACCGGGUCGAGGUCCCCAGGUCGACCCCGUGGCCCCUCCCCUUCAAGCUCAUCUGAUCCCGCUCCUCCUCGUCCUCGAUUAGGGUUAGGGUUCUCACUCCGCUCUCCUAGUUCGUACUGUAUGAAAUCGUCUCUCGUGGGAUUAAGUUCUGCGACUUGAUCGAGCAGGUGUUUGUUUGAUUGUUAGAACAUUGUAGAGUAUUCUCUUGCUGGUGUUGUUAUUACUUAUAUCACCAACAUAGAUAACAAGAUUAUUGCAAUCAUCGUAUUAAUCUUGCUAAUUUUUGAGAUGCUUAUAUUUUCUCUUUAGUUAUAAAGAGAGGGAACAGAAAUAGAGGAAUUGCUCAUGCAAUGAAUAUAUGUUUAUUGGAAGUCA